UCAUGAGACGUUUAUUUUGUAUUAUCUCUCCAUUAUUUUACCACUAAAAGUGGGAAGAGUCUCCAGACCUGCAGCAGCAGCAGCAGCCAUGUGUGUGUGCGGGGUGUGGGAGGGCUCAACCCUCCACCCUACCGCCGAUCCCCCUCCUACUCUCCCACCGUGACUCCCUCCCUCGCUCGCUCGCUCACCCACUCUCACUCUCACGCUCAACCUUUCCUUUUCCGCGACCCCCAGGUGCCAGGCUCGGGCGACCCUGCGACGGAUCCACCUCGCACCCCCCACCCGCCCUCCUUCAUUUGGAAGCGAAGAUGCGGGCGGUCGGCGCCGUGGGAGCCGCCGCGCUGUGCGCGCUGCUGGCCGCGCUGGUGCCCGGCGCCGCGUCGGAGCUGGUGACGCUGGUGCAGGAGCAGCUGAAGCCCGAGUCCUCGCUGCUGAAGCCGAAGGUGAUGAUCGCCAUUGUGGCUCGCAACGCGGCGCACAGCCUGCCGCACCACCUGGGCUGCAUCGAGAGGCUGGAGUACCCGAAGGAGCGCAUAGCGAUCUGGGCGGCGUCGGACCACAACGUGGACAACACCACGGCCAUGUUGAGGGAAUGGCUGAAGAGGGCGCAGAGCGUCUACCACUACGUGGAGUGGAGACCCAUGGAGGAGCCCAAGUCCUACACGGAUGAGUGGGGGCCCAAGCACUGGCCUCCUUCAAGGUUCAACCACGUGUUGAAGCUGAGGCAGGCGGCGCUGAAGGCCGCCCGCGAACGAUGGGCCGACUACAUACUGUUCGUGGACAGCGACAACCUGUUGACCAACCCCCGCGUGCUGAACCUGCUCAUGGCUGAAAACCUGACCUUGGCCGCUCCGAUGUUGGAGUCCCGCUCGCUCUACUCCAACUACUGGUGCGGCGUCACCCCACAGGGCUACUACAAGCGGACCCCGGACUACCAGCCCAUCCGGGAGUGGAAGCGUCUGGGCUGCUACGCCGUUCCCAUGGUGCACAGCACCUUCCUGAUCGACCUGCGGCGCGCCGCCAGCAGGGACCUGGCCUUCUACCCUCCUCACCCGGACUACAGCUGGGCAUUCGACGACAUCAUGGUGUUCGCCUUCUCGGCUCGUCAAGCGGGUGUGCAGAUGUACGUGUGCAACCGGGAACAUUACGGCCUCCUGCCCGUUCCUCUCAAAGCUCAGCAGAGUGUGGAAGAUGAAAGCGAGAGUUUCAUACACACCAUCACGGAGGCUUUAAUUGACCACGACAUCGAGCCCUCGGAGCACCUGUACUCACCGCCGUCACCUCAGAGCACCAUGGGCUUCGACGCGAUUUUCCUGAUCAACCUGAAGCGUCGCCUGGACAGAAGAACCAGGAUGUUGAAAUCCAUGUACUCGCUGGGUCUGCACCCCACGCUGACGGACGCGGUGGACGGAAAAGCCCUCAACUCCUCCCAGCUCCAGGCUUUGGGAAUAGAGAUGUUGCCGGGCUACAAGGACCCUUACUCGGGCCGAGUUCUGACCAGAGGGGAGAUCGGCUGCUUCCUCAGCCAUUACUCCAUAUGGAAACAGGUGGUGGAGCGCGGCCUCGAGAGGGUUCUCCUCCUGGAGGACGACGUGCGGUUUGAGCCCAGGUUCAAGCGCCGGCUGCAGGCCAUAAUCGACGACAUAGACAAGACCCAGCUGGACUGGGACCUCAUCUACGUGGGGCGUAAGCGCAUGCAGGUGCAGCAGCCGGAGCAGUCCGUGGCCGGCGUGAACAACCUGGUGAGGGCCGACUACUCCUACUGGACGCUGGGCUACGCGCUGUCGCAGCAGGGAGCCCGGAAGCUGCUGGCCGCCAAACCCUUGUCGAGGAUGCUGCCCGUCGACGAGUUCCUCCCCAUCAUGUUCAACAAGCACCCCAACACCCAGUUCAUGUCUCACUUCGAGCCGCGGGACCUGAAGGCCUUCUCCGUGGAGCCGCUGCUCAUCUACCCCACCCACUACACCGGAGAGCCGGGCUACUUCAGCGACACGGAGACCUCCACCAUCUGGGACGACGAGGCCGUGGCGACGGACUGGGACCGCCAGCAGGCCCGGAAGACGGCGCAGCAGGGCAGCAUCCGCGCCGUGGCGCAGAACAGCGUGGGCGGGGACUCGCCGCCGCCGGCGGCUCGAGCCUCGCGGGACGAACUCUGAUGACACUCGAAAGGAGGGAGAGAGAGAGACUCGCACUUGGGGGAAAGGACACUUGAACCACAAGAGGACAUUCUGUACAUUAGUUUGCAUACACACACACACACACACACACACACUGGUGUCCCAGUGGAUAAAAGCAGAGUGAAGAUGUCAGUCUACUCUGCUGCCUGAUGAAGGGACCCUGAGGAGAGGAGGAGGAGGAGGAAGAGGAUGAGGAAGAGGAGGAGGAGGACCUGGGAAGAGAGCCAGCAGGGCUUUGACUAAAGCUUUAUUUAUUCCCCGUGUCCAUCCUCUGGGCGUGUGGAGACACUCGCAGCCCGCAAAGAAACGACACACAGCAACACACUGCUGACAAUCUGAAAGACCUGAAAGCAAAGCAUAAUAAUUCCCACAAUAAUGUAAAUAAUGUUGUUCAGGAUAAUCACUGUACAACUUUUGUUUUAUGUUUUUUUUUAUGGACAGCAAACGAAUAAAAAAAGCUGUCUUCAAAACUCCUCGGUGCCGUGCAUUGAUGUGUCUUUACAGAACUGAGGCUGCGUGGAAGGACACACACACACACACACACACACACACACUCACACAUGCAUGCACUGAGGGGAGUGCAGCCCCGUGUAAAUAAAGCAGGUCCUCGGGGUCGGUGUUUGUCUGAUGUCCCACUUGCACGGUGGGGCCGGUCCCGCUGGUUCAGCCAUUCAGCACGUUGCGUUCACGUUCAG